AUGAUCCAUCCCACCACUCCAUAUCAAGUCCCAACUCUGAGCACCAUCAAAUUCAAUUCACCCGUCCGUCUACAGUCCAGCUCGAUAGAUGCGAUGCUCCGACCCAAAAAAGUUGCCAUAAUUGGCGCGGGACCCUCCGGCCUCGUCGCCCUAAAAACCCUCCUCCAUAAUUACCCCGAAGGCACUUUCUCCGCGACGAUCUUCGACAAAGCGCGAUCGAUCGGCGGAUUAUGGCCUUCUACCAGCAGUAGCAGCAGCAGCAGCAGCACUCGACGGACGAAUCAGGAUGGGGAUUUAGCAGCGGCUCGCGGGUUGAUCGAUCCGAUGAUGCGGACGAAUCUGAGCCGGUUUACGGUGGGGUUCUCGGAUUGGGCCUGGGAGUCUGUGCUUCGUGAGGAGGGAGGGGGUGUGGUUCCAAUGUUUCCGCAGGCGUGGCAGGUGGCGAGGUAUCUUGGGGGUUAUGCGGGGCGGGAACAUCAAAAGGAAAAGGAAGAGAAGGGUAGCUCGGCUGAGACUGAAGAGCAAGAACUGCAUUCGGAAGAAUUUGACUACCUCCUCGUCGCGUCGGGAUACUUCUCGAGACCGCAUAUCCCCGACAUUCCCGGACUAUCCGACUUCUCUGCCCAGACUGUCCAUAGCUCAUCUCUGCACAAUGAAGGCGACAUGCAGCGGCUUCUCGAGCGAGCAGGCUCCCAAGGGGGCAAGUUAAUCGUCAUCGGAGGGAGUAUGUCAGGUGUCGAGACGGCGUCUGCGCUAGCAACGCACUUGUCAUCGAUGAACUUCACGCCGGGGGUAUCUUCCCAGGCUGGAAGGGCAUACGAAGUGCACCAUAUAUGCUCGCGGCCAUUCUGGACAGUGCCGUAUUAUCUCCCGCACACAACGCCACAGACAGAUACGCAAGAUGGCAGCAUGCAGUUCCUGCCCCUGGAUCUAGUCUUCUAUGAUUUGUCGAGACGCCCUCCUGGACCGAUUGAGUAUGGGUUCGGUCCUGCCUCGGCACAGCAAGUGACCAAGGUGAAUCAAUAUUUCCAGGCUCUGCUGGGAAGCGACUACAAGAACGUCGGAGAGAAGGUGUUCAGUUUAGAUAAUGGGGCGAGUGAACCAAUCCAGCCAUCAUGGAUCGGAAUCGGAGACGACUAUGCGGAAUAUGUGCGCUCAGAGUCUAUCCGUACGACCAUCGGUCGAGUCAGUGCCGCUCAUGUCUCUGAGACCGGCAAGGCGAGAAUCAAUAUACAAUCUGCAGACGGUAACACCACCUCCUUAGAUGAUGUCGCUGCAAUUAUAACGGCGACGGGAUUCGCGCCGUUCUCAUCCCUCGAUUUCCUACCUGCUGAUGUGCUCGCGACGCUGGAGUACUCGGCAACUGAUGCAUUCUUCCCAGUCGUUCUUGACGGGAAAGGAAGCACGAAUGCCCAGCUACCAGACAUUGGGUUUGUAGGGUUCUACAGAGGACCCUAUUGGGGCGUGAUGGAAAUGCAAGCGCGAAACGUCGCAGAGGGUUGGUUUCGAUCAGAGUCAGAACCGGAACUCUCUUCAGCCGAGAUGGUGGAGAAAAAGAGGCAGGAAAGACAGACAGUUCGUGACUUUCGCAGAGCCGGAUCGACCCUGCAAUUUCCCAUGGGUGACUAUGUCGGGUUGAUGGAGUCGUUUGCUAGGGACGUGCGAGUGUCUCGAUCUCCGCUGGACACUGGGGAGUGGCCUGGUCCGGUGAUCCCGGCUCGUUAUACGAACGAGAACUGCAAAGAGGACAAGAGCAUGCAUAGGGAGGCAGCAACCACGAUCAACUCACUACGAGGAACACUUUUUCCCGAACCCGGAUCGUCUAGCUUGGCUAUGGCAUCGGCGACAUUCAGAGCGCUUCAUGGGACCUGGCGGUUCACUCGGACUUCCAUCAACGAGGAUCGUAUUUCUGGAACAACGACCUUCCAUCCCCGGUAUCCGUCGAGUCAAGAGUACGAAAAAGAGUACAUCAGCGAGGAACGCCUGCAGAGCUCAGAUGAGAUAGCUAGGUCAGUUUAUCGACUCGCUAGGGAGGGCUCAAACCCGCAUAUCGGCAUAUGGGAUGUCGAUCUAACUGUAGAUCCCCACUCGGCAUCUCAGUUCUCCCAUGGAUUUUGUCUCGCACCGGCACAGCUGGACAAAGACAGCGAGAAAUAUGUGGUGCAUGCCACUGCAGAUGCAGAUGACCAGGGUCCUCGAUACGAGUAUGCCUUCCAACUGGAGGGCGUGACUAUCUCAUCUUGGACGUGUACGGUGAUUGGCACGAACGGAUCUACCAAGACCACGACCGUCUAUACUCGACAGUGA